UUUUGACACAAUAAGAAAAAUCAAAUAUAAGGAUAAUCACUACUUUAUUAAAGAAUAGGUUAUAUAUUGAUACAUACUUUGACUUUUAUUUGUAUUUCUCACCUUACAGUGUUUUCAGUUAUCCAGCUUGUCUCUAAACAAGAUAACCGUUCCGUUACGUGAUGUUUUUUUAUUGAAAAUAUAAUUAUAUGAACAGUUAGUGCUUUCUCAAUUAUCUGUUAAAAUGUUGCAAAAAAUAAACAGUGUACUACAAAUCACUGCUUGUGGACAUAAAAUGAUCAGCAGACAUUUAAACUAUGUACCUAUUGUAGUAGAACAGAGCGGCCGUGGAGAACGUGCAUAUGACAUUUACUCACGUCUUUUAAAAGAGAGAAUCAUAUGCCUUAUGGGUCCGAUUACAGAUGAUGUGUCCUCUGCAGUAAUUGCUCAACUUCUUUUUCUUCAAUCAGAAAGCAGUAAAAAUCCAAUUCACUUGUACAUCAACUCACCAGGUGGAAUUGUAACAGCCGGACUUGGAAUAUACGACACUAUGCAGUACGUUCUUCCUCCGAUCUCCACGUGGUGCGUAGGUCAAGCGUGUUCUAUGGCCAGUUUGCUUUUGGCAGCUGGAACCAAGGGCAUGCGUCAUGCUCUGCCAAACGCCAGAAUUAUGACGCAUCAGCCAUCGGGAGGUGCGCACGGCCAGGCUACGGAUAUUCAAAUCCAAGCUAUGGAAAUUCUCAAACUGAAGAAACAGAUAAAUGAGCUUUAUGUGAAACACACUGGGCAGGAUCUAGAAAAAAUAGAAAAAUGUAUGGAGCGGGAUAAUUAUAUGAGCCCAACAGAAGCCAAGGAGUUUGGAUUAAUAGACAAAAUACUAGCGCAUCCUAUGCAGGAUGAAACUACAAAAGACGCGACAGAGAAAACAGAGAGUGUGACAGCAAAGUCUUAAAUAUUACGGGUACAUGUUCCAUUUUAUUGUUACAAUGUAAUAAAUUGUAUUAAAAUUGUAUCAAUAUUUAAUAAUAAUAAUAUAAACUAUAAAACA